UCAAUAUUUCGGAAUACCAUGUGCAAAAAGCUUUCCUUUAUAACAAACCUUACUAUUUGCACCAAGUACAGGGCUUGCAUUUUUUGGGCAUGCCUCAACAUAAUCUUUGGCUUUGCAUUUAUCCCAUUAGUUGUGGACUUUGUGAAACGACAAAAACUACCCAAUUCUGUUUUGGUUUUUGGUUGCGUAUGUGGAGGCAAUUUGACACUAUCUGGUUUCAUGUUACUUAUUGGUGUUUUAAAGGAUGUUCGGUGUUUGGUUGGUUCAUCCAUAGUUUUCUGCGGCAUAGGCAUAUUUUUCAUUCACUGGCUAAUAGUUCCUUUGGCGCUCUUUUUCAUUUUUUCUUUUAUUGUGUUCAAUUAUUAUCAAGUGGCUAUGUCUCCUGAUGAUCGCUAUCGAGUGCCGAGGCGAUUUUCGUAAAUAAGGUAUUCGUUUUUAGUUAACUUUAAGGGCUCUUAGGUUCGAAAGCAGGAACACCACGGUCUCGCAAACUGGUAUUUAUGAUAGGAACUGGAUAAGUUGGCAUUAGAGAGGCUUUGGCCUGAAUCGCAAUCGCCUUUUGGCCGCCAACGGAAAUAUUUAUUCCACCUUAUCCCAUAAGUAUCUGGGUAUCGCCGCCCGUGCAAUCUACUCCAAAUAACUGCAAUAGUUUUAUGGCUCAUCAUGUAGCUCCAUGUAUUUUUUCGGGGAAUCCACUGGA